CCAAAGAGCACAAUAGAAUUACUACAUAUAUAUCCAUAUUUAAAAUAAUCUCACUUUCAGAAUAAAUAACAGUUCGAUAAAUUUAAUAAUACAUAAACAAAAAAUCAUUUGCCUAUUAUUUUAGUGAGUACAAUUAAAUACCUUAGCAAUAAUUUAAUAUGCUAUCAAAUUAUUGCAAACAAUGUGGCAAUCGUCACGAAGACCAGGAAUGCGCAGUAAACUCAGCUGUGAUUGAAUGGAAAUACGAAGGCAAUCUCGUUACCCUAUAUGGGUCAUGGAGUCACUUCCAAGUAGGAUACCCAAUGGUGAAAUCUAAGCAGCCUCCUUAUUUCUUACAAGCCGAAAUCAAUCCCCCUUUACCUCCAGGUUACCAUUAAUAUAAGUUCAAUGUUGAUGGCCUUUGGAAACAUGAUCCCAAUGCAGAUGUAAUUUACAAUAAUUUCGGGACUUAUAAUAAUUGGUUGGAAGUCGUCCCAAGAAAAUUGAUUCAAGUGGAUAGUUCUGAUGAUCAAGAGCCAAACACAGAUGAAGAUGUUCAAUUUAGAUAAAACUAUAAACAAGACUUGAUGAAAGUAAAAGUACGCACUUAUUUGGACUGGAAUGAGAUGUUUGUGAUGGGCUCUUGGGAUGAAUGGAAGCAACCCAUUAAAUUGAAUAGGAAAUUCUUAGGCUUUGCAAAGAAGUACAUCAAUUACGCAUAUUUGCAUCUGGCUCCUGGUUCAUAUCAAUACAAAUUUCUCAUUGCAGGAUAAUAUGUCUAUGAUGAGACUUUGCCCACUGUGGAUAACAAUUAUCAAUCUAAAAAUAACAUUCUUCACGUGAAUCGAAAACAGCUACAUUACCAUCCCCAAAAUUACGAUAACGUGUAUUUCACCCAAUAUCAAAUCCAAAAGAAGUAUGAACGAAUUCAUGGCUUAACAAUGACUGGCAUCGGAAAUGAAUUCUACAUUUUCGGUGGUCGAGGCACAGGCCAUAACUUUAAAAAUGACCUACACAUCCUCAAUCCCAGAACCAAAGAACUCAGAGUCGUCGAGGAUACCAAAGGACCCAUUCCUGAUCCAAGAGCAUUCCAUAAUGCAAUUAAAUAUGGGAAUAAAAUAAUCUACUAUGGCGGACUGAAUUCAGACAAGGUCUUUGAUGAUUAUUAUGUCUACAACACUACUUCAAAAACUUGGAUCUAAAGCAAACCCAAGGGGCAGCUUCCGUCUCCCAGGGAAAAAGCCUCUUUGACUCUGCUUUCCAACUACCAAUCCUUAAUUUACUUUGGCGGAUACUACUGCAGCCAUGAUCUUGAAGUGCAGAAGACUUACAAUGACAUCUAUUGUCUAGACCUAACCACCAUGAUGUGGACUCAUUAUGAUCUAGAUGAACAUGCACUCAAACCUCCUCCAAGAUCUGCCCAUUCAGCCACUUAAAUCAAAGACAAAUUGUACAUUUUCGGAGGUCAGUCGCUUCCUGAAGGACAUUACACUCCUAAUUUCAAUGAUUUGUGGGUUCUGGAUUUCUCCAAAGAAGCCAGUUGGGCUAAUUUAACUCCUGUUAUGAAGGGAGAACCGCCUUCUCCAAGACAUGGCCAUCUGGGAAGUGCUUUAGGUGGACACUUGUUCAUCUAUGGAGGAAGAGGCGAACAUUCAAGUGAUAUUCUCGGAGAUCUCUAUCAUUUCAAUCCUGAGACCUUGGGUUGGACUAAACCUAAAAUACAUGGUACCAUCCCCAUUCCAAGAUGUUAUUGUGCUGCUGAUACCAUGGGAAGUGGAAAUGAAUUGUGGAUUAUUGGAGGACACAAGGGAAACAUGAUCUUCAAUUAAUAGUAAUAAUUCUAUUCAUUCAUCUCUCUAGAAAUCAGACUCAUAGAUGACGAUGAUAUAUUUGGAUCUCCUAAAGUUGAAAGUAGAAAACCUGAAUUUGUAAUGGAUAUCAUUAAAGCAAUAACUAAAUGA